AUGCCUUCCCUCAAGCCCGUCCGCGAGUGGGCGCACCGACUUAGCCGCGCCCUGCGCUCUCGCGACGCGUUUUGCGCCUACGUCCGCACCCACGGCAACGCCCGCCGCGCGCACUCCUGGACGAACGAAGACCUCGCGCCGUCCCCGCCUCCGACGGUCAAUUGGCGGGCCCAUAACUUCUGCCUCUUCUGGUUUGGCAUGGGCUUCGGCAACUGGACGCUAGGAUCCAGCAUCGUCGGUGCAGGCCUCUCGUGGUGGCAGGCAACUAUCGUCGUAUGGAUCGCAGCCUCCGUCUCCGGUCUCGCCAUGGCCUUCAACUCCCGGGCCGCUGCGAACUAUCACUCCGUGCCUACCUUUCACGCCGAUUUUCCAGACUUUCAAGGAGGCGCCUAUGUGUCCACCAUGCUCCGCUGCCUCUUCGGGCACCGAUGGGAGACCAUCGGCCCCCGGUUUCCUCCCUCUGUCGGCACCACCCUCCAGCGAUUCAUCGGGUUCUUGCUCUUCUGGCUCAUCGAGUUUCCCUUCUGUUCUUUCCGCCCCAACCGCCUUCGUUGGCUCUACACUCUCAAAGCGAUCACUCUCCCUCCAUCUGUGUUUGGCCUUCUCGUCUACUGUCUCGUCCAGAGCCGCGCUCGUCUCGCUUCGGACGAGAGGUUGAUCGAUCAGGACACGCGGCCCACCGGUCCUGCGCUCGCCUGGCUUAUUGUGGGCUCCAUCACCUCCGCGAUGGGAAAAUGGUCCACGUUCAUCGCCAACAUGCCCGACUUUGCGCGCUACGCGACAGAUCCCUCGGGAACGAUGUGGACGCACAUUCUCUUCGUCCCCUUCCCCGCCGCGUUGGGAGGCAUGGUCGGCAUCUUCGGCACCUCGUGCUUGCAACGCGCGCGGGACGUUUACGACGCCAUCCUGGACCACUCCUGGACCGGCCCCGCGCGGUUCGGCGUCUUCCUCUUGGCCUUCUCGUCCGCGCUCUUCAACUUCGGGCGAUUCUGCGAUGCCACCGCUCUCUUCCCGUCCUACGUCAACCUCACCCGGGGGAUGUGGUUCUGCUGCCUCGUCUCCCUCGCGCUCGUACCCUGGAAGAUCCUCGCGUCGGCCCAGGGCUUCCUCGCCUUCCUCAACGGCUACGGGAUCUUCAUGGGCCCCACGGCGGCGAUCAUGAUCACGGACUACUGGAUCGUCCGGAGGGGCAACGUCCACAUCGCCGACGCGUACUCGUCCACCCCUGGGGCGCGGUACAUGUACGUGCACGGGCUCAACCUCAACGCGACCGCGGCGUACGCGUGCGGGGUGAUGAUCCCUUUCGUGGGCUUCGUCGGCACAUUCGGCGUCCCCGUGCCCCUCGGGGCAGCCCGGUGCGACGAGCUCGGGUGGUACAUCAGUGCGGCGGGUGCGGGCUCGGUGUACCUCGCGCUGUGUCGCAUCUUCCCGCUCAAGAACGUAGACAGAUCGCUGGCGUGGGAGCAGCUGGCGAGAGAGUUCGCCGCCGAGCGCACAAGCGUGGAGAACGAGCCCGAAAAGGCGUCCGACACGGGCCCGAAUGAUGGAGUUGUUUUAUGUUGA